ACCAUGGCGACUCCAAUGAACAAUGGAGGGGGGCUGCUCCCUGGCAACCACCCAGUGGUCUUCACCAGCAGUUCAGCAGUGUGGAUCUGCACUCCUGGGCUUCAGCACACACCAGAGUGGUUCACGUGUUUUCUGAUGUUAUGAGAGAGAGUGGAGAGGGCUGCUCGUGAGGGAAGAGUGCCCAGACGCAACGGGACCCCCUUCCCUGUCCUCCUUAACUGAUGUCUCUUGGGACUUCCUCUCCAGAUCAGAAGCUGGCAGACUAAGCUUGGAAUUACCCGUCCGAGAGCAAGAGUUGAUGGAGCUGGGCCACCGAGCAGGUACCACUACUUUGACCAGGGCCCAUGGAAGGGCCAACAAAAAGGAUGGCCAGCAGGACACGGACCCCUGGAGAACUGCCCGCAGCCCUUUGGACACCUCCAAAUUCAAGUACCAGGCCCCAGUCUCCCCACAGCAUUCCCUGUGCCGGGGAGGCAGCCCCCUAAGGCAGGCCCACGUGAAGGAGGUCCAGACUCCACCCCCAUCGGCCAACAGCAGGGACUGUCUGUCCCCGGGGAUGGACCCACAGCACGGGUCCCUGAAGAAGGGAGGCUACAGACCCUCCUCAAGGGAGAGCAGGGCUUCUCCUCAAGAGGGGGCUCAGCCGGACCAGGGGCUGAAGGGGGGCCCCAACACAGGAGUCCAGGGCCAGAGGAGCAGCGUCAUUCCAGAUAACAUUCGUCACAAGUUUGGGAGCAGCAUGGUGGACCAGCUGGUCUCCGAGGACCAGGCUCGAAGGGCCAUCGGUGAGGUCUUUGAGGGCCAGAAGAGGGCAAACUCGUGGCCCAGCAGGAUCCAGAGUCCCAUGGAAAUCACCUCCAUCUUCUCAGACUACUAUGAUUUGGGCUACAAUAUGCGAUCAAACUUGUUUCAAGGGGCCCCCCAGGAGACGAAGAGCCUCAUGAAGGCCUCCUAUACUCCAGAGGUGAUUGAGAAAUCAGUGAGGGACAUAGAGCACUGGCAUGGCAGGAAGACGGAUGAUCUGGGACGGUGGCACCAGAAAAAUGCUAUGAAUAUGAACUUACAGAAAGCAUUGGAUGAGAAAUUUGGAGAAAAGAGCAAAAGCAAGAGCUCAAAGUACUAGAUACGACCAAGAAGAGUGCCCUCCACUCAGAGAAAGAGCUAAAAUUAAAAAAAAAGGCACACAUCUGAAUGUU